AUGUGCCGUCCGUUCGUUCUACUACUAAGCUGCACAGCGGCCUUAGCUGUCGCGGACUCAAGCGGCGCUACUACUCUCGGCCAGCUCGCGUUACAGAAAGUCCUGCAGGAUAGCCGAGAGGUGUUCGGCGUGGAAAGCGAUAAUUCAUCCCAGCCGUACGCGAAUUGGAUGUCCAGCGUCCCCGACGACACGCCCCUCGCGCAUCUAAACAUCCCCGGCACCCACGAUGCUGCGACCUGGAACUACAGCCAGGCGACACAGGACGCGCUCGCCUACGCCACGCGCUGCGACGGCGGAUCCGGGCCCGCUCCGGCUCAGGUCUACCGCACUCAGCGGUUCGGGGCGGCUGCCGCUCUGGACGCCGGGGUGCGGUUCUUCGAUCUAAGAUUCGCGUUUGAUCCGCUAGACCGCGAUCUAGUCUUCUGGCACGGGGCCGCGCUGCUCUCGGCGCGCGCUACGGUGGACGAUGUGCUUUUUGCGUUUUACGCGUGGCUGGACGCGCAUCCGAGCGAGGCUGUGCUGCUGAGCUUCCAGUACGAGGGGGGCACUAAGGACGGCGCGGAAUUCGACGACGCGGCGAAGGAUAAGCUGAGGAGCGCGCUGGAGUCGGAUGCUGCGAAGAGGUUCGUUAGGCAGGAUAGUGGGAGACUGGGGACGGUGGGGGAGAGCCGCGGCAAGAUUGUGCUGGUGAGACGGUUUGAUAUGGGUGGUGUGGAGGACGAUAUGUUGCCGGGUCUGCAUUUGGGCCCGGGCUUGUGGUUGGAUAAUGACCCGGAUGGGUUCGAGUUGGUGUAUAAUAGCACGAGCAAUGAGACGGCGUAUAUAGAGGAUUACUACGAGCCUUCGGGUUUGGGGGCUAAUUCUACGGUGGCGGAGAAUAUUCAGGCGAAGAUGGGUGCGGUGAAGGCGCAUCUGGAGAAAGCUGCUGCUGCUGCUGCUACUGCUACUGGGGAUGGUGCGGAUAGCUUGUUCAUCACGUUUGCGUCGGGCGAGAACGAUGCUAAUGUCCCGCACGUGUUCCCGCAGACGAUGGCGCUUGGGAAUGGCACGGAGGUGACGCCGGAUGGGGGCGUGAAUCACCAGUUGGUCGGGCUGCUGCGGGAGAUGCGUGGGAGCAGGCUGGGUGUUGUGGUUUUGGAUUUCUUUGACGAGCCGGCUGAGUUGGUUGGGCUUGUGCUGGGUUCUUAG